CGCGCAAGUCGCGUUAGACGCAUAAUUCUGCAUAAAGGCUGCCCCAGAGUGGGGUGAAGCAGGUACCUAUGAAGUUACGGUACUUAGGCAUCUCACAACAAGCAGACAGUACCUAGGUAUAUAUAUCCAUCUAUCUGUAGAUUCGGAUCAACAGCACUGCGCACAGAUUCCUUUCGACUUUGACUUCACCAUGCCAAGUCAAAAUGACUCUGGGAUUCCGGUAAUUCAUGCCCCUGAUGGCAUUGGUUAUAAACUGUUGGAGCUGCCACCAGAGCUCCUCGAGGCCCUCAACUCAGCAACCCCUCCAGAGUUGAGACUCGAAUCCUCAGCCAGCUCGGCUAUCCUUAAAUGCGGCUCGCAAUCUUGGGCACUCCGUCAGAAAAACACGUCGAAUGCCCUGAUUCUGCUCAAAGCUGGCAAUGUGGUCGCCGCGCCAAACGAGAUGCCCCAGUUGGGCCUUCAAGCUGUCUCCACUAUCCACGAUACUAUCGAACUAGUACCAGAGUCGUCGGGCAAGCCUGCGCCGACUACGAAAGGGAAAUGGCAUGAGAAAUUCGCCAGAGGCAGAUGAGAGGCUUGCCGACAGUCCAGCAAACGGAGAUGUUCAAGGACACGACAAAUGGCUGGUGUAAUGAAUGUAUUAUAUACUGAGUACCUAGGUUUAUAGUACUGGCCUCUCUCUAGGUAGUAUCACAACUUACCAUGGAUCUGACACGACGACAGUCCGUGGUGGGAUCCUUUCAUAUCAAAGCCAGGUGUCUGUCGGGUAUUUAAUUCAAGGCUCCGCUCUCAGCUACCUGUACCUACCUAGGUAGAUUGUAA